UGAACGCAAGGUAAUGUCAGGAUUAAACACAGCCAUGUUAGCGGCUCUUGUCUUCGGGACGCUGCUGAUGGGAAUGGUGUGUGGAGGACCCAGAUUCUCACAUCAGCAGCCCGAACGGACUCAGAGGAUUCUUUAUCCCGGAAUAAAUCCAUCAAGCCAUCAUGAGUCUCAGCAGAUCCAGUAUCCAUCAGUCCAUCAGAGACGGGAGUGUGAGUAUAACACGGCAGGAGAUCAGUGUGAGCGCUGUGCAGACGGAUACUACGGUGAUGCCGCUCACAGAACAUGCAGAGUUUGUCCAUGUCCUCUCAGUACUCAAGACAACAAUUUUGCAGUGGGAUGCAGUGAAAGUGACGGCAGGUUGAAGUGUUUGUGUAAAGCAGGUUACGCGGGGGAGAAAUGUGAGCGGUGUGCUUCGGGGUUUUACGGCCAUCCGUGGGUCCCUGCUGGUCGCUGUCAUCCGUGCAACUGUCCUGGAAACUCUUGUGAUUCUCUGACUGGAGUGUGCAGGGAUUAUCUAGAGCUCCGAGACACUAACACAGAGGAACAAUGUGAAGAGUGUGACAGCUGUGCACAGACGCUGCUGAAUGAUCUGGAAAAGCUCGACAUUGAUCUGAGAAGAAUGAAAGAACAGCUGGAUCUGGGUUCUCUCGGACCUUUAGCUCAGGAAUAUCUGCAGAAGCUUAAGGACGCUCUUGCUGUCACGACGAAUGGUGUGAACACAUUCAGCUCCACAGUCAAUAAGCAGAAGCUGGAGAUAAAUCAGCUGGAGCGAGACAUGGUUCUUCUGACUGAUGAUCUGGACCAUGUAAAGGAACAGGCAAGGAAACGGUCAGAAGAAUCUCAGAAAGCUCUUGCCAAUAUUGAAAACAGCCAUCAGAGAGCCAAAGAUCUGGACACAGAGACACAAAACCUCCAGAGGAAAAUACAAGAUCUACUGAAACAGCUGACAGAUGGGAACAGCGCUGGAUCAACUCUGCCCUCAGCGGAUCUCCUGAAACUUCUGCAGGAGUCUGAGCGCAUGGUCAAAGAAAUGGAGAAGAGAAACCUAACGCCUCUGACAGAUGCCAUCAGGAAAGAGCAAGUGCAAGCAAAUCAAUUUUUGGAGCAAGUGAAUAACAUCACGAAGCAGUGUGAGGACAAUAAAGACACGUCUGAGCGUGUUGAGCGUUUCUUGAACAGCUAUGAGACCAAACUGAAAGAGUUAGAAGAUUCACUGAAACGGGCUGUUGACAUUGUGGAGAACGCCAGCGGUCAGACUGAUGUCAAUGCUGAACACUUUAAAGCCGUCCUGGAUCGACUGAAGGAGUUGGAAAACGAGCGGAAUGUUGUUCGGGAUCAGAUGACUUUGGCAGUGAAUCAGCUGAAAAACACAGAAGAUCUUCUGAAAACCUUCAAUGACAGUAAAACGGAGCAUAAAGAGCUCGCGACACGGCUUCACAGCGCUACGACUGACCUGAAGAACAGAGUCCAGGAGAUGUCUCAAGCUGAAGCUCAAGAGAAGAUUGUGAAGCAAGCAGAAGAACAUGCAGAGAACCUGCAGAAACUGGCCAAACGUCUCCAAGAAGCUGUACAGAACGUGAGCGGACUUUCAGCUCUCUCAGGGAUUGAAGCGUAUAAAAACAUCUCAGAUGUUGUGAACGCUGCCCAGGAGGCGGCAGUGAAGGCCAGAGAGGCUGCUGACAGAGCUCUCAAUGAUGUGAGUCAAGAAGACCUUCUCCAGAGAUCAAAGGAUCUGAAAGACAAUGGCAAUAACCUGCUGAAAACUGCCAAAAGUGCAGCCAGAGAUCUUAAAGGAGCAAGCAAAGACUUGGGUAACCAAACCAAACGUCUGCAUGACACAGAGAAGAAAAAGAAAGUGCUGGAGGAGGAUCUGAAGUCUGUUCAGGACGAUCUAAAUGAAAUCAAGACAGAUGACAUUGAUUCAAUCAUCGACGCAGCGAAGAAAACCGCAACGGCCGCCAAUCGCAGCACAAGCGACACGGUGGAGCAGCUGAAUAACAUCAAAGCUGAAGUUAAGAAGAUCUCCAUUAGUCCCACUGUUUCUAAUGUUGACAAUGUUCUCCAAGACGUUGACAAGAACGUCAAGAAACUCAGCGGCUCCAUCCCGUCCCUGCUGGAGAAAAUCCAGGAGCUGAAUUCACAGCUCAGUUCAGCAAACAAUGUGUCUGAGAACAUUAACAAGAUAAAGGAGCUGAUUGAAGAAGCGCGUGAAGCCGCUAACAGAAUCGUUGUGCCCAUGAGGUUCAGUGGGAAUGGACAUGUGGAGCUGCGCCCUCCCACAGACAUAGAUGACCUGCGAGCGUACACCGCUCUUACUCUGUCUCUCCAGAGACCCAACAGACCCACCAACCGCAGACGCCGUCGCCAAAGCCCCACUGGCAAUCUGUUCGUCUUCUACAUGGGCAGUAAAAACGCCUCAGGAGACUACAUUGGCAUGGCCCUUCGGAAUAAUUUCCUUCAUUUGAUUUAUAAGCUGAACGGAGAGGAAUAUGACCUGAAGACAUCCUCCAACAUCACAGAGUCUCCUUACGAACCGGCUUUCUUUGACAAAAUCGCCAUUCACAGAAUUUAUCAAGACGCUGAGAUCAUUCACACGCAACAGUUCACAUCCAGCAAUCCAAAGCCUCCGCAGACACAAGAGAAACUGGGCCAGCUGAGCCGUAACCUGCUGGAUCUCAAUGCCGGCAAUGUGGUGUUUUAUGUGGGAGGUUAUCCGGACGACUUCAAGCCCCCCACUUCACUCAACUAUGGCAAAUAUAAGGGCUGCAUGGAAUUUUCCACCUUCAACGAGAAAUUCAUCGGCCUGUACAACUUUAAGAAUGCCGUCAAUAUUAACUUAGAAAGCCCUUGCAAGAGACACAUCCCAGUUACAAGCUCACAGUCCAAUUACUUUGAAGGCUCCGGUUAUACCAAAGUUAUGCUGGAGAGGAUCCGAAACUACAUGGUCCUCAUCCAGAAAAUGCAAACUCGAUCUGAGGAUGCUCUUCUGCUGUAUUUAGGAGAUGAGAAUGACGACUUCUUCUACAGUAUCUCUCUGGAGAGAGGCUAUCUUGUCAUGCGCGGUCAAGAACAAAACAAGAUUUUCGAACCCGUCAGAAGUGGGGAGAAAAUAAGCCUUGAUCCCGAAAAAGAAGUCAAAGUCAUCAUCAACUUUUCUACAGACAUUAAAGUCAUAAUAGAUCAAACUGAGACCAAAUCGACAGAGUUCUCUCCUAAAAGGUUCCAGCAUUACUACGUCGGCGGUAUACCCAGCAACUUGCGACAGAGAUACAACAUUAGUGCACCGGCUCUGAAAGGCUGCGUGAACAUCAUCAGUGCUGGUGGUAUCAGUCCAUAUAUUAAAGAAGAGGUGGGCAUCGGCCGAGGCUGCUCUGCGGAGCUUCUGGUGGUCAGAAAUGCUGAAUUCAUCGUUGGCAGCGUGUUACAGAAAGAUGACCAGGACAACAGCCUGCAGGGAGAUUUGAACCUUUCACUCGGCUUCAAGAGUACAAAACCAGAUGGCGUCUUACUGCAGAAACGCAAAGAUAAUGCUAACAUUGAGCUUUCCAUGGAGAAAGGACACGUGCUGCUGAAAUUGCAAGGCAGCAUCUGGAAAUCUAGUCAACAGUAUCAGAAUGGCUCAUGGCAUUAUCUCUCUGUGGUCAGACAGGGUCAAAGUGUUGAACUUCGAGUGGAUGAAGAUGAUGUUGGAGAGAAACUGACAGAAUCUUCAUCUGAAGUUUAUUCUUCUGACAUAGUUCUGGGCAAAGACACUUUCAGCGGAUGCAUCUCCAACGUCUAUCUGAGGAGACCAGAGGCUUUAUUCAGAGCAGAGGAUCUGAGUUCAUACACGGCUACAGGAAUCGUUCACAGGAGCUCAUGCAGUGCCAGAUAAAACAUUUCACUGACGAGACGACAGAAACCUGCAAGGGUUUGACCCGUGUGCAACAACACGCCAUCACUUUAUCUGUAACAUCCUAUUUAAGACAACUCAUUCAACAGCAGUCUGGAGACCAUUACAAAAAUAUCUUAAUGUGGGGUUUGCCAUUUCAAUGUUUCAAAGAAAACUGGCAAUUUACAACUCUAAAAAUGUGUAUUUAUUCAAGAGAAUUUUUUUCGUGUUUGUGCUAUAUUCACACAAAAAAACUUGUAUCAGUUCAAUUUUAAAAAUGUUCCCAAAUAUUCUGUCUGUAAUGUUUGGCAUUAGAAAAAAAGUUUCUUUAUGGCUGUGGAGAAUUACAAACAAUAAAACAUUCAUGAACACA